AUGCCCGCCGCCACGAAGCCCGAGUCCCGCUCCCCAUCUCCUACGCCCGCGCCGCCUAUCGCAGAAACUCCAGGUCCCCGCGCGCAAGGUCUCAUCAACGUCUUCAAUCAGGCUGUAAAGGCGACCCUAGAUAAAUGCUCUGCUGCCAACUUCGCAUCAUGCUUCCCUACGGCUGCGCAAUACAGCCCAGAAGUACUGGACAAUUUGCGGGGCCAGAUUGUGGAUCAACUGGACCGAACAUGGAAGACAAACUUCGAGGACAUCAUGGAGCGGCGCGAUGUUGUCAAGUUGCUCAACUCGCUGGAUCAAUGUAUUGAAGAUGCGCGAUUGAGGAAAAAGCGCGCGGAGUCGAGCGCAAAUGGCGGGCCUGUGGAGGCCCCUGUUGCGCCGCAUACUCUCCCGCCCUCUGAAAUAUAUCUCGCGCAUAUGAUGCCUUUUCUCGAGAAGCAAGCCGCCGACAUGAACGUGCGGCUCACCGAAACGCAGCAAACAAACACGGAGCUGCUUUCUACCGUCAGCGCGCAACGCGCUGAAAUAGAAGGCCUAGUCCGGGGCUUGGAGAACGUCAUACAAGAUCUGGAAGCGAGCGCGCAGAUAAUGGGCCAGGAUGAUGUGCAGCAGUUGAGCAAGGAGAUCAAAGUUCUUGAGACGGAAAUGAAGAAGUGA